AUGAGCUCAGUCAAGGCUCGCCUGGCCCUUUUGAAGGCGAUUUUGGCCCGUGUCCCACUGGUCCUGAAGACCCUCCUUCUCCAUGGCGCUCAGAUGUCCCCCGUGAAGGGGAAACAGGAUCUUCGCACCGAGUUGAGCGUCGCUGUCAUCCGCUCGUUCUUGAGGACUAGUGCGCCUCUGGGGAAAACCCAGCGUGACGGCAUCCGUGACCCAGGCGUGAAGGGUCCCAUGUGGAUAUCCAAAGUGACUCUCCCGCAGCCCGAGGUUGACGUACGCGAUGCGGUUCUACAUGCGAUCGAAACCCUCAAGACCGGCGAUGAGACUUACGAUAUCCCAGAGGCUUUGCCUGUAGAAGGCGAAUGGACUGGGUAUCGUGCUGGGGUUGGAAAGCAUACCGCGGAGCCUGAUCUCUCGGAAGCCGAGAAGUACGCCAAGCUGCGCGAGGAGUCGCCCUCGGAUAUGACAAUCCUAUACUUCCACGGAGGCGCAUACUUCCUUCUGGACCCCUGCAGCCACCGCGUUCCCCUCGCCCACCUGUCCCGCUUGACCGGCGCCCCCGCCUUCUCCGUCCGUUAUCGCCUUGCGCCUCAGAAUCCAUUCCCGGCGGCGCUUGUCGACGCCCUUACGGCCUACCUCUCUCUCCUCCACCCACCCCCGGGCUCUCUCCAUAAGCCCGUGCCAGCGGAUAAGAUCAUUUUCGCCGGCGAUUCCGCAGGCGGAAACCUUUCUCUCGUCCUCCUCCAGACUCUGUUGACCCUCGACCGUGCAAAUAAAACCAUUCGCUUCCAUGGCAAGGAUGUUCCAAUUGAACUGCCUGCGGGCGUGGCAACCGUUUCGCCUUGGUGUGACUUGACGCGCUCAAUGCCAUCAUGCUCGCACAACGCGUACCUCGAUUAUCUCGACGCCCCGCCUCCGCCAGUUGACGAUACCCCGUUCAAAUCCAUCCCGUUCAUUCCAGACGAUGUCUGGCCCGCAUCUCCGCCUCGAGCCGAUGUAUUCUGCAACUCCGCCACUCUCCCCCAUCCCCUGGUGUCCCCGAUCGCUGUUCCAGCCGAACUAUGGAAGAACGCACCACCAAUCUGGAUGUCCAUUGGCGAGGAGAGUCUGAGUGACGAAGCUCUCAUCCAGGCGCGUCACUUGCACGAAGCCGGUGUACCUCUCGUCGCAGAAAUGUUCGAGGGCAUGCCGCAUUGUCAUGGUAUGCUCAUGAUGGGAACGCCAACCAGUCAUCGCUUCUUUGAGAGCUUCUCUGAAUUUUGCCGUGAUACCGUAGCUGGUCGUGUAAAAUCAACUGGCACACUCACAUGGCGGAGCUUCAAAUUACGGACGACCAAGGAAAUCCCGAUUGAAAAAGCAUGUGAGACCACAGAUGAACAGGCGCUGUCUUUGAUGCAGAGAAGCACUGCCUGGCGAGUGAAAGCGGAAAUAGAGAUGCAGAAAGAGUGGCGUGCGAAGGCACGCCUGUGA